AUGGCUGAACUAAAUGUGGAAGGUCUAAGUGUGGAUGAGCUUUUCGCCGAUCUAAAGAAAACUAUUGCCCAGCAGAAACAAGAGGAAGUUGCCAAGGAGGAAUCUGGUGAUGGGUUCGAAGACGACAAGGUUUCGGUUGAAAUCGACGAUAGGACGGCCCAAUUCCAGGAAAUUGAGAGGAACUUGCACAAGCUACCGAAGCUGCAAACGGGAUUUGACCAGCUGGGUACGGACGGUAAGAAGCUGCAGCUAGAGGAGCAGAAAAAGGUUGUUAAAGUGGACGAUCCGAUAUAUAUUCUUGAGUCACGUAAGAAGUCUGACAAGGUGAAGCCACCGAGCGAGACUGAGAAGUGGUUCACGCUUCCGAAGCCCGAGAUGACAGCCGAGGUGAAGCGUGAUCUGAUGUUGAUCAAGCACAGGGCUGCGCUCGACCCCAAGAGACAUUAUAAGAAGGACAAGUGGCAAGUGCCGGAGCGGUUCAGCGUUGGUACUAUUGUGGAGGGACCUACGGAGUUCUUCAGCAGCCGGAUGAAGAACAAGGAGCGCAAGAACACGAUGUUGGAGACGUUGAUGGCGGACGACACGACGAACAAGUAUUUCAAGCGCAAGUACACGGAGGUGCAGCAGCGCAAGACGAGCGGGAAGCGUGCGCACUACAAGGCGGUCAAGGACAAGCGCAGGAGGUUCUAA